AUGCUCGAGGAAACGGAUAAGAAGAUCAUGGCCUCUAACGUGGUGGAUGGCAAUUUCAGCGGCGCAAAUAUUUAUUGUGUUGCAAUACCCGAUAUUCGGAUUAAGCUCGAGGCUCCUCUCAUGCGUACACUAACAUUUCCCGACGACUUGACUCGGAAGGAGCUUGGUGUUAUUCAGCUCACAGCACAGUUUGUGGCUCGUUAUGGGAAUUAUUUUCUGCUGGCUUUGGUGAAGAAAACAGUCAAGGAUCCUCAGUUUGGCUUCAUGAGGUCACCUGAUCAUAAAUGGUUCCGUUUCUUCAAUGAGCUUCUCUCUGAGUAUGGUGAAGUAACGUUCCCAUGCAAUGGUUUGAAAGGAUUGUCGGGAGAGAAAGCCAGCGCUUUCUUCGAGACUCUUCUCAAGGGUUUGUUCACUUUUCUUGCGUGGCAGGAAGAAAAGGACGUGAUAUUCAAGAUGACCAUGGUUGAAUAUGUUUGGAUGGAGUUGAACAAGGGUCCGCUCAGGGUUCCUCACAAGCUUGCAUUAGCAUAUCCCAAAGAUAUGAGUCGUGAGGAGCUCGGUGUUGUUGAUCUCACAGCACAGUUUGUGGCUCGUUAUGGUGAUAGUUUUCUGUCGGAUUUGAUGAAGCGAACAGUCAAGGAUCGUAAGUUUGACUUUAUGAAUUGUUGUAAUAGAUGGUUCGGUUUUUUCUCUGAGCUUCACGAUGAGUAUUGUCGUAAGAUAGUCCUUUGGGAAGAUUUGAAACGAAUGUCGGGAGACAAGGCCAGCGUUUUUAUCGAGACUCUUGUUCAGGCGUUGUUCACUUGUCUUGAGUGGCAGAAAGAAAAGGACGUGAUAUUCAAGAUGACCAUGUCUGAUUGGUUUUCGAUUGAGUGGGAAUCACCUGAGGAACCAGAGCCAAAGAGACAAAAGUUUGAUGAGUCAGCCCUUGUUGCGGGUUCGUCAUCAGUUGAGGACAAGACUGGUGCUCCAAACUCCAGCAAACCAAGAGAAGUGAAGUUUUAA